AAAACGUGGUCAAAAAUUGGCGACUAAAAUAAAAUUCAAAAUCCACGCAUCAUCCAUCCACCAAUAUCCCCUAUCCAAAUAAAGAAACAACUCAAUUUCCACGAAUUGUAAUUCUCCCGGAGCCUCUACAAACCGACAACCCCCAAAAUCUACAUAUCCAAUUUACGUCUAACAAUUAUCACCGUUUUUGGCCGCAUUGCAAUACAACGUUCGAUGAAGCUACAUUCCACCUCAACUCUCAUCACUGAUUGGUUAAACGGCAGAGCAUGGACUGUACAGAACAGCCAAUUGUCACGUUUCUAAACAAGAGAAAGGCGACGAUGCGGGCUUCCUCUCGUGGAUUAUAGUAAAUAAUAAUAAUAAACUGUGUAUCCAUCCUUGUCAAUCUUACGUAUCCAGCAAUCGGUUCCGUUCAUUCUCGGUGAAUUGCGGAGCAAGCCGGUACCGGUAUUAUCCGUGAAUUACAAUAAAAAUAAUAUACACACAGUAGAAAAUAAACCUAAUCGAGUGAAAAAUUGACGGGCCAAACGACGUAUAAACGUAUUUAUUCAACUGAUAUAACGAAUUUUGUUACAGCAAAGACGUUGUACGGGAUAAAUCAUUUUAAUUUGUUGCGUGUCUAGUGUAGAGGAGAAGUUGCUAUGGCGGCGGUUGACUGUUAUCAAAAUCAAAUGGAGGAGAGUCAGAAUCAAAUGAACGAUAAUCAAGAUAAUAAUUUAUUAAAUACCCACGAUGAGGGUGAUCAACAGGGUGCAACUGCUGGUAUACCUGGUAAGGAUGAUGAGCGAAAACUUUUUGUCGGUGGACUCUCGCGUAACACCACCGACAAGGAGUUGCGCGAGCAUUUUGGAAAAUUCGGGGAAAUUGAGAGUAUCACGGUGAAGAUGGAUCAGUACACGGGUUUAUCGAGGGGUUUUGCAUUUAUGGUAUUCAAAAAUCCAAAGACCAUCGAUAAAUUGCUCGCAUCUGGUGAACAUUAUAUCAACAAACGAAAGGUUGACCCAAAGCGUGUUAGUAAAAAGGCACAGCAUGGCAAGAUCUUCGUCGGUGGAUUGACUCCAGACAUCACUGAUGACGACAUUAAAGCUUAUUUCAGUGAAUAUGGUACUAUUGUUGAGCUACAAUCACCAUUCGACAAGACCAAGAAUCAGAGAAAGGGUUUCUGUUUCGUAACAUUUGAUUCUAAGGAAGUUGUUUACAAAUUAUUGAAAACACCAAAACAAACGAUCAAUGGUAAAGAAGUUGAUGUUAAGAAAGUCAAGGUCAAUCCUGAGACACAACGUCAGGGAUGGUGGGGGCCUGGUGGCUAUGGCUAUGGUUAUCCAGCUGGUUAUGGAUACAUACCGGAAUAUGCCAAUGGUGGUGGUUAUCAGGGGGGUUAUGACGAAAGUUAUGGUAACUACGAUAAUUAUACUGGCUACGAGACUUUUGAGAAUAAUACCGGCUAUCAGAUGCAGGGCGGCAAACCCAGGGGGCCACCCUCAUCACAGGGGCCCAGACAGUUCCAGAGACAUCAGCCUUACUAAGAUUUCUCAAUCUAACCAUUAUGUACAAUGUUACAUGCUGAUAACAUGCGAGAAUGCGAACAAAUUAUUCGAUUGAUGAUUAAUGGUAAGAAUGAAUUUCAUUCGGUAGGACCCUUUUUUGACUUCUUCAUGUUCAAUGGGAUUAUUUUUCUUGUUUCAAUUAUUAGUUUUCACCAGGUUUAUUCCUGCGAAAUUUUCCUCCAUUAAUCCAACAGAUGAAUAUUUAGUGGUUUAGUAUCUUUGCUUUUUUUUCAUUCAUUCAAUUAAUCAUGCGUUUAUUACUCUUCCGUAAUUAAUUUUUUUUCGUCUUAAUUUUUUUUUCUUUUUUCUCGUGAUUUACUAUAGAAAAUAGUAUGAUGUGGUCAGGGCGCCUGUAUCAUAAGAACCAUCGAGAAUAUAUUAAAAAAAUUUCUGAUAUAACGUGAAUGUCAAUGAAGAAAGGAAGAAAAUAUUUUUCUUAUAUUUUAAAAUGAUAGUAAGUACACCUGAAGAAAAAAAUAAAGUUGUUCAAUACUGUUUUUGCAUGUUCAUGAAGCAGAAUUAUAUAGUGUUUUUGAAUACAUGAAAUUUGUAGAUAAUACAUUGAUAAAACCGAUUUGGCAAGAAAGAAAGACUGUCUUUUACUGGUAUCACACAUGUAAACAGUUCUUGAUUUAUAAAAAAUGUAAAAGAAAAAACAGGUUAAAAUAAAUAGAAACUCCUUCAUUGUGAUGGACCAAGGGCAAAUAAAUAAGUAAUCUUUUUUUAUAACAACAAGAAAAAUAAAAUAAAAAUAAUGUGAAGUGAAUUCUGUUUAUUGUUAACGUAUACUGCAUAUACGAUCAUCCAUUGUAUCACAAAGAAGAAACUAAUAAAUCAAUAAUUAUAAUA